AGAAAAACAGCAGCACGAUCAGAUCAACUUCCUCACUCAGUCCGAUGAAGAUGUUGUAUGUGCAGCUCUCUGUGAUCCUUCUCUUCAAUCUCAGAGGUUUACAGCAGCAGGCAGCCACCCUGCCGGAAUCCACCAUCCUGGUUGGAGUCGGGGAGGACGCCGUACUGCAGUGCCCCCUACUGGACAGGUACAACGGAACCACAGCCUCCCCUACAGCUGGCCUGGCCACCCUCAGCUGGUACAGGAAGACAGCAGGUCACAGACCCACACUGCUGCUCAGCCUCAGCCCUGUUAACGGCUCCAUCGUGAGGUACGGAGAUGGCGUCAGUCCGGAUAAAGUCUCUGCUGCAGCCAAUGGGUCAUUGUUGCUGCGGGGCUCUGAACAAACCGACUCAGCCGUUUAUUACUGUGGCAUCAGUCAUGGCUCUGAGAAUGGCAAGAACUGAAAACCACACAACCUGAGAGAGAACCAAUGAAUGAGUUCUUCAGUCAUGAAUCAGCCCCAUACCAGGCCCAGAGAAUCCUUAAGUUAAGAAGACAAAAAGAUAAAAUAUCAUAUAAUGAAUGGCUUUAAAACAUGUUUUUACAGUUCCUGAUAAUAAAGUUUGUAUUUUAUUUUUACUUGCUCCUAGAACAUAGUUCUAUUUGGGCCAAAAUGUCAUUCCUUCUUUGUUGCUUAGUCCGGUUUUGAUAAAAGGGCUUUUAUUUAAACUAGAUGAGAAAGAGAGAAUCAUGCUGGUAACAGGAGGUGAAACUGAUCUGUUAAGAAAGGACUGUGGCGUUUUAACCAUGUUUACUCUGCUGCAACCUACAAAGAAAGAGGCGAGACAUUUUGAAUUGGUCUUCUUUUAAAUGAGUGAAAAUAAUUUUUAAGGCUUAAUUAGCUGUAGAUAAAAGAAAAAGUUGCUUUUUACAGAUUUGAUUUUAGUAAAGGAUUUUUUCUCUGUGUGUCUUUUUUGGCAUAUUAUACACUGACUUUUGUUAGAUAGGCUGUCUGUGUGAUUCUGUAUUAUUGUUUUAUGAGUGCUGGAGAAUCAAAAUGGCUCCCUCUUCUAAUACUUUAACCUUUUUUACUGUUCUAUACCCUAAAGUACAUGGUUGAGGUAACAAAAGUCAAUAAAUAAACAUA